CCGUGCGAUGGAGCCACGUAGAUGUUCGUUGUGGCGCCCCCAAAUAACCUAUCAAAAUUAAGAAUUUCAUUUUCAAAAGUAUAUUUCACGAUUUUAAAUAACAAAUGUGAUAAUCUUGAUCUAAUCUUUUAUCUGAAGUAUCUUUUUUCGCGCCAAAUUUAACCGAAAAAAAAGAUGUCUGACAAAGAGGAAGAAUUUAAAGCUUAUAAAGAAGACACACGAAUUCCCUGUCAAUAUGGAACUAAAUGUUAUCAAAAAAAUGCAAUUCAUCACCAGAAAUAUAAACAUCCUCCUGCAAAAGAAGCGAAAAAGGGAAAAAUUACAAAACGAAAAAUAAUAAAUAACAAAAGGAAACAGGAAGCUAAUGAUCACGUAUCAAGCAUUUCUCCACAGAAGAAAAUACAGAAAACAAAUGAUGAAAUUGCUGAUAAAGAUUUGUAUAAUGCUGUAACUAACAUGGAGAGUAAUAUUAUUGAAGAUGAUGAUACAUCUUGUGAAGUUACUGCAAAAUCGGAAGAUUCAAAUAAUACAGAAUCUGUGGAAAAUUCAAAUGAUCUAAUCACCAUUGCAUCAUUGUUACAUGGUGGUGAUAUUGAAAAUGAAAGAUAUUUAAAAAAUGGUGAAAUACGUCCAUUAACUGCAAAAGAAAUUAUUUCUCACUUAUUUUUUAUAGAAAUGCCAGAGGAUUUCUUUCAGUUUUAUGAAUUCUGUAAGAGCAUUUGUGAAAGAGAUCCUUUGAAUGCAUUGAAAAUUGUUCAUUUGCAACUAGUUGGUCCAUAUGAUGUAUUCAGAAAAGGAUUUAUAAAUGCUAAAGUUGAGAAUAAAGAAGCUCUGUUAAGGCAUUGGAGGUAUUAUUACGAUCCACCAGAAUUUCAAUUUUCAUUACAGACAGUUAUCAAAAGCAAUAGCAAGGAUGGUUUGCAUUUUGGUUAUUGGAGGGACGAUGUCUUUGAAAAGCCUGUAUUUAUGGCAAAGAACAAAGCAGCUGUGAAUUGUAUAAUCGACCCUGUUGCAGAAAAUAUAUUUGGUGCACUGGAUGUACAUUUUGAAGAAAAAUUGAAGUUAGCUACUCCAUUUGAGAAAACUCCUAUAGCACAAUUGCGUCAAAAGUUAAAGAACUUUGCAAAGGAAAGAAAUAUAACUUUAGAAAAAAGGGCACCAAAUAUGCAAGCCAGAGAAAAAGAAACUGUUGCAAGAACUUUUCACAAAGCUGGCAUUGUGGUGCCGUACGAUAAGAAAACUCAAUUAGGAUACAGAAACUUGGCUGUUAGUAAUAGCGAGCUACAAAAAGUGUUAAAACAAAUAGAAGAUGCUCCAGUACCGGAGAUGAGGAAGAUGCCAAUGUCUAAACUGGAUGAGGUGAUACGAUUAGCAACGAUAGCAGCCGAUGAAUGUGAUUUCGGCACAGUUCUAGAGUUAGGCCACAAUUUGUUUUCUAGUGGUGCUUUUUCCGUUCAAACUAAAGCGCUAAAUUUACUAUCCCUUGCCUACAAUCUCCUACAAAGAUCGCAAUUCCUGGAAAUUGUUACAUCCCAUUUAAAAAACAGGAGGAGGAGCUUGGAUCUGAGUGUUAUUCAAUUUGACUAAGUUAUAGGAAUAUAAUUGUCAAUAACCGUAAAAAUAAAACAAGUCUUUGUCGUAUAGCAGUUGAAGAGUAAAAAAUAGCGAAUCUUAAAAGCACAGUGAUUAAAGAAAGUAUUUGUACACUAUUGUAUUUAUUAUAGUAUCUAUAUACUAAUUAAUUAGAUUUAGUAUCAUCUAGUAGUAAUUUCAUGAUAAUAGUUUCAUCCAUAGCUUUAUUUAGUACUAGCUACAGAAAUUUUUAAUGAAAUGUUAAACCUCAUAAAACAACUUUUUAUUGGAGUAUAAGAGUAUGUAUGAAUACUUUUUGUAGCCACUCUAAAUAAAGAACGAAUUGUAAUUAUCUUUUUAUACUUAGAAUAUAUUCUUAAUCAAUAAAUAUUUAUUCUUUCAUUA